AAGCAAAAUAAAAACAGGUCUAGGCGUGGCGUUACGAAAUGCAAGUGUGUGACGCCUGCUUGGGUAGAGAAUAUUGCAGAAAGAAGCACGGAGGGAAAAAAAGGAAGAAAGGGGGAACUUAAAAAGAAGAAAAACGUUCAGGGUCAGUUUGGAUUGCCAUUCGGUUCCGGGCUGUCCGCCUGGGAGGCAGUAGAAGGGGCAGGCAGGCGGGCAGUUAGUCCGCACCGUGCCGCCGACGCGAGCCGCUGCCGACCUGCCGGGCCUGUGUCGCUCUGCUUGGACACGCUCAGUUUUUUCCGCUGCGUUUUGGUCGGACGGCUUCGGGCGCGCCCGCUCGCGCCGAUCUAUAUCCCGAAAGGUCAUAAGAGCCGGCGGACACCGCGGUAGGGCCUACAGUAUUUUUGACAGCAGGUGGUGGCCGGCAAGGGCAGCACGCGAGGCAGGAAGAGAGACUGGGAAGGCUUUCUGGCGAGUUCUCCGAAGUGCCUAGCAAAAACACACGAAAACUACACAAAUACCGAAAUUUUUUCCCAGUGGCUGUGUCUUACGAAACUGUGUUCCUCGCCAUUUAUUAUACUUCACUCGGCCAUCGGGGAGAAAUAUCUGUACCAUCGACAUCGGAGAGAGACAGAGAGAGAGAGAGAGAGAAGAGCGAGAGGGGGGCGAGUUGUGUGUGCGAUUUUACGAGCGAGCGCCGAGUACGGACUCGCGAGUUCGGGCUGUGGUGGGGAGCGCCAGCGCUGCGAAACUACUCCCCCUCCCCCUCUUCCUUUGCUGAACGAAUCUCCCUCCCUCUCUCUUUCUCUCCCUCCAUCUGUCGCGCUCGUCCCCUCCCUCCAGUCGUUCCCCCCCAACGUUCUGCUAAAGAUCGCAUCGAAGACGCGGCAAUAGGCGGUGCAACGUGUUGCGUCAUGAGAGACAUGACGUCACAAGUAGGGUGAAGGCAAAAAUGGCGGAGUGCUCCUAUGCUCGCUGUGUUCAGGAGCGCCGAGCAAUCAAAAAAGAGCUGCAAAGAUGGACGAAGAAUAUGGUUUUCGUAGUAGGUUUGGAACGGGUAGCGGAGGAGUUAAUGGGCAGAAGGAAAUGGAAACAUUAUCAGGAGUCAGUUUUGAGAAGUAGACCGCAAGCAGACAUAGAACCCAGCAGCAGUGAUUGGCAAGUUGAAGACAAAUGCUGCUUUUGCGACGGUGGGAUGUUCCUGAGACCAGCAACAAGUCCACAGUCAGACAGCUGCAGUAGUUCCAACAGCCACAGCAGUUUUCACGAAACUCAGUCGACAGUAGCAGCAGACAGUUCCCCUCCCAGGCUGGCGAUGACAACACUCGAACCGGUCACGUCGCUGGCCGCGUCACUCGCAGCUGUCCCGACCUACAGCCCGGGACCCGCACAGGGGCACUCCGCAAUGGCAACCACCCCUCCAGCAGGCCUCUCUCUCUACCCCACAGUAGCACGCCAUCGGACACCUGCGGGACUCUUCCCUCCGUGGUACCUGUCACCGACGGCACCUGCUCCAAAUGUUCGAUCGGAAGGAAAGACUGAACCGGAAACUCCACCCGUCGUCGUAUCCCUCCCUGCAUCUACACCGCUGUCGGUGCCGUCAGCUGCGGCGAGUGAGCAGCCUUUGGACUUGAGUGCCAAAGCCAAGGAAGAAGCAUCUGCACCCAGCACCUCACCCGUGCCUCAGCCUUUGGGAUUGGCAACUUUGAGUUUGGACAGCAAGCAGAUAUUCAAGGCGAAACCAAGAAUGAGUGCAGUGGCAGGUCGAAGGACAUACACAGAAGAAGAGCUUCAAGCUGCUCUGAGAGAUAUCCAGAGUGGAAAAUUAGGAACUCGGCGUGCAGCUGUUAUUUAUGGUAUACCACGCUCCACACUUCGGAACAAAGUGUACAAGUUGGCUAUGGAGCGUGAACGUGACGCACACUUAGUGGUUCCUACAGUAGAGGAAAGAGACCUGUCUGGCGCUGAGGAUGAGAAGGAAGUUGAACGUGCUUUAAGUCGUCCUCUUCUUUCUGUUGACGAUCUUCUGCGAUUAUCUGUGCUAGAUGGGGAUGCUCUUAGAGUUCUUCUGGAGGAAGUUUCUGCAGGACACAAUCGUGAAGCAAGUGAGUCAGCAUCUUCCCCAGUGUUUCCACAAUCUAGUGAACUUUGGCAUGGUCUAGAACAGAGUGCAUUGGGACCUUACAUCUCCCAGCUUCUGAUAGCUGGAAGUGCUCAAGAUCCUUGCCAUGCUGAAAGCGGAGGUACACUCCCAAAAUUUACUUCCCCUCUUCUCCCCGAACUUGUCCGUCGCAUGAUGGCAGAGGAGCAGCAACAGCAGAUAAAGAAGCUAGGUAGUGCCAAUAAUUUGGAAGCAAAUACAAAUAUAACAUUGAAUGGUGCUUCAGGUGAUGAGAUACAGAAGUUAGGUGAUAGCGACAACAGUGCUGGGCCACCGAGAGUUCCAUCUGCAUCAUCUCAAACAGACCCUGUGAAAGCUACAACAAAAGUUGGGGAAGCAGAUGAAUCAUCUGACACAGAUGCAACAGCUUCCACUUCUAGAGUUGCCACACCACCAAAUGUGAUACUGAGAAUUCCGUCCUUUAAACCAACUACGAAAAAUGGUGUGGCUACUCCAGGAAGUGGAAGUUUGCCUUCUAGUGAAAUUCCAUUCCAGACUGUUGGAGUUCCUGCAUUUCCUGGCCAGGAAUCUAGUCAUGUAUUGAACAGCAGCAGUAACAAUAGUAAUGAGUCUUGUUCACCACCAGCGUCUAACCUUGUAGGAAAAGGGAUUGGGGUCAGUUUACGUGAUGUUAUAGCCAAAAGCAUUAGUCAGAAGUUUCAACCAACUGAUCUUCCAAUGUCACAGAAGCUCUUAUUAUCAGCAGAUGAACAACCCCCAUUUAAGAGAGGUCGUUUUACUCCUCCAUUAAAUACAAAUAUCACAUCGUGCACUAUAAAACACAAUAACAAUAACAACACUAAUGUUGAUGAUAAAAACAAGACAUCCUCUGCAGGUGGAAAAACUUCAUCAAAUUCUACUGGCAAAGGAACCCGGCCAAAACGUGGAAAAUACCGUAAUUAUGAUCGUGAUAGUUUGGUAGAAGCUGUUAGAGCAGUGCAGAGGGGUGAAAUGAGUGUCCAUCGGGCAGGAUCAUAUUAUGGUGUUCCACAUUCAACAUUAGAAUACAAGGUGAAAGAAAGACAUUUGAUGAGACCUCGGAAGAGGGAGCCCAAGCAACAACAGUCUGAUGAAGUUAAAAGGAAAGAUGAAUCUGGGACUUCAAUUCCAAGGAGUACAGCAACAACCUCAUCAGCACUGGCAAAUGAUAAACUUAAAACUUUGCCUAAACCUCCCAAGACUGCCUUUAAUUCACCUGCUCCAUUACCUGGUGCACCAAAUGGUCUGAAAAUACCACCCUUGUUUGAUCCCAGUUUAUCUCUUGCCGCAUAUGCUAAUGUUACAACAGCCUUUCCAUUUUGGCCUGGUCCAUUUCAUGCCUUACCAGUUCCAGAUUUUACCACUCCUACUGGUAGCUUUCCUCCAAAUCCUGAACAUUUCUUUGCACCACAAAUGAUACACAGGCUACAAGAUGAAACUAGGACUGCACCACGAACGAGCCCCUCUUCAGUAGUUCCUCCUCUUGGGAAGACUGCACGAGAGAUGGCAGCAUCUUUGUAUGAUGGAACAGGAGCUAAUGGUAAUUUUCUUGAUGGAAUAAUUCGUUCAAGUCUUGAGAUGGGUUUGCCAUCAUCCUCACCCAAAGAAGGCAGUACAGGUGUGGGAAAUAGCGGAAAAAUGUCUAACAAAGCACUCAUUGACCAGCUUUGUCGUAACAGUUGUGUCACUCCUCUGCCCAAAGCUCCGACACCUUUUAGUAUGAAAGAUUGCAGUACUAGUGUAAAUAGCUCAGAUGAAGAACCUGUAAAGCAAGAAAGUGUCAUCCCGGAACAGCCCUUAGAAUCUGCUUCUCCUGCAGAGCCUGUAGUUUGUCUAUCAAAUUCAUCCAGUGGCCUGCCAGAACAUGACUGUAGAAUAGAUAGUGAACAUGUUACUUCAGUUCCAGAUGAAAAACAUAGCAAGGACAGUGUUUUGCCACUGUCAGGGGUGCACUGUGUGUCAUCAACUGAAGAUAGUUCUGAAUUAUUUACUAAAGAUUCAAGUGAAUUCCAUAAAGAACAUGUUCAUAAUCCAACUGAAGAAAGUGCCUGUGAUAGUAAAACUGUAAAAAUACUUGGUGAUAUUGAAGCUGCCAAAGACUUACUCCCUAAAGAAGAAGGCAACGAGGAUUCAGAACAAACUGAGGAUACCAAAUCAAUGACGGUCAACUCAUAGAGAGACUGAUGCAUUUCUUAGCUACUAUUUCAUAACAUGUCAAAAAUUUAAUGUGAAUGCAAGAGAUUUUAUUAUGUAUAUUGUUAAGGUGUAUCUUAUUUUAAUCACCUUGCUGUACUGAUUUUGUAGGUGUUUAACACUAAUGAUACUGACUGUAUUUCUUCUUUAUUUUAGGGAAGCAAAAGAAUUCAAUUUUUAAAUGUGAGGUAUUUGAAAACUUAAUAUUAUCUGCCCUGAGUGUGUCACUGGCAUUUCAUAACAUUCUUUCUUCAACAUACUGAUGUGCGACUACUUUUCCUGCUACUGUGAGGUCGACAAUCCAAAUGUUGCCAAAGCUAAUGUGGAACACAUGCCCUUAUAUUUAUCAGAUUUCAUCAAUUAUUUGUCCUUCUUUUACAGUAGGUAGAAUUGGUAAUCUGAAUGUAACUUAUUUAAAAAUGUAGGUGUAUAAAUUUGUGGAGACUUUUUAAACGUAUAUAUACAUAUAUAUAUAUUUUAAUAUAACCAAAAUGUUCUGGAGUUUUCCCAAGAUAUUUAUCAGAGCAAUUAAAAUUCAUUCCCAUUUGUCCAAAGAAUCUUCAAAGUCUCAUGUAACUAUUGUCAAAUUCUUUAUAUUUUUCAUUAUUUACACUGAAUGUUGGUUAGAAAAAAAUUAAUGUGCUAGUGUUAGUAAUGUCAGUGCAUUCAUACUUCCUUUUCUAUCAUCAUUGUUUUAUGUCACUCAGAAUUAUUUCAUUAUUCUGUCAUAUUUGUUGUCAUUUCGAUUUUCACAAUUCCAAGUGUCCCAUUAUUUUCACAACAGCAAAUGUAAGAUUAUUGGUACGGUACAGACACGUGAUGGUCAGUUCCCUUUUUAAUACCUUUUUCCUCAAACAAAUGAAAUUAUAGUCAUAGUCUGGUGUGCUGGGUACUUAAAAUAUCACUUUCACUGUUGUAAAUUCUGUGAUGUGCUCUUGAGUCAUUUGCUCCAACAAUUUUUCUGUCAUUGCGUGCAUUGUCAUUUUGCUUGUAUCACUGUAUGUAACCAGUGUGUCUUCUGUCUGUGCUUAUACUGUUGAUAACAGAUGAUCCUGGUAUCUGUCUUAUCCUUCAGACAGGUGCUUUGAUGUUCAGAAAUUUAAAUAUUUAGGAAAAAUUUUUUAAAGAUGUCUUGGGGCUCUCCAAGAAUUUUACUUGUCUGUGAUGAAGCCAAAUUUUGAAUGUAUAUUUUCUCUAUCAAUAUCUUAUAUAUAUACUAGACUAGUUUAUAUAUUGAUAAAAGAAACAUGAAUUUUGUUUGAUAAUUGAAGUGCAAUUAGAGAUGGUAUGAACUUAUACACAUUGUACCAUACAUAUAUAUUUACAAUUUAUACAUGUUUGAGUAUAUGGCAUUAAAUUAUAAAGUAAGUGGAGGCAGAAAUGAUGAAACAAAUGUGAGGGAUGUAAUCAGUGACAGUGUUAAGCAAUUGGAAUUCGGCCACAGGUCAUUUCUUGUAUAACCAUUCUGCGUUAAUCAGUGGGAUAUUUGUCACAGGAUAGUGGACAGUUGAUAAGAUUUUUUUAAAUACAGGGUGAAAUCAUAAGUACACCAGUCACAUGUUUUGGAUACAUUAAGUAAGCAUGAACUUCAUGUUGCAUUUACUUCGGGAACUAGGUAAAUGUAUUUCAUGUCCUUACAUAAGUUUGAGCAUAUACAUUGUUGUCAUCCAUCAGGAUGACAUCUUGUUCUUGCUUUGCUUCCAAUUUUACUGUUUGCAGUUGGUGAAUGUCUGGCACAGUUACAGACAAACUUUUUCCAGUGUGUUUAAUAGUCUGAGUUUUUCCAUUUUGACAAUAUUUAUAUUUUCAGUGUGUAAAUGUUAGAGUUGUCAAUUCCUUUAAUGCCUAGCACAGAGGAGCAUGUUGGUGACAGGACACCAAGCCCUUAGUCCAGAUCUGUAACCACAUUUUUGGGGAAUGAUUUUCAGUAGUCUUACAUUCCAUAGGAAAAAAAAUUACUUCACAAGCUUUUAUUGGAGAAGCAGAAUGCGUACAUUCCAGCUGAACAUGUACCAGAAAAUUUUCCCCUAAAUUGAAUGUGAUGUGAUCUCAAACCAGUAAUGAAGAAAAAGUGCCGUGAAGAUAAAAAGAGACAAUUAAAUGAAUUUUCAUCAGCAUGAUGUUCUGUAUGUUUCAAAGUAAUAAUAUAUCAGAUGGAAGCUGAGCUUCCCAUUAAGCUUUAUUAUAGUAAAUGAAUAUUAUAAAUAUGCUGAUGAGCAUUCUAGAAAUGUUCCAGAUGAUUUUUUAAUAUAUGUGUGUAUGUGUAAGGUGAACUUAUUCUCGCUGUAAUUUUGUGUGAAUGAUUAAAAGAGAAAGUGAAGUUGCAGCCUAUAGUGCAAUGCCAAGAACUGUUUAAGUUUGAUUUUGUUAUACACAAAUAUAUAUAAAUAUAUAUAUAUACAUAUAAUUUUUCAUGAAUAUGGUGUACAGAAAUUUUUCUUUUUAACUUUUUGUGUUGCUAUUGUGAUAUUUUUCCCAAAAAUAUAUUUAGAAUUUAAAUGAAUGACACAAAAAAUGUUUGCGUGAAACAUUAAUAUAUUUUAUUAUCAUAAUAUACACAAACAAAAGUUGUCAAAAGUUAUUAUUUAAGAAGAAGAAAUUAUUUUUACCAUUUUGUGUGAUGUGCAGACAUAAAUUUUUGUUUACUCACUGAAAUUCUUUCUGUAACUUAAAUAAAGUCAGAAAAUUUUGGAACGCAUUAAGUACAGUGGUAGGAGUUCAACAGCAGCUAUGACAUACCUGCGGUCUGCUGAUGUAUUUGUUUUAACUGAAGAAGAAAAGAAAUCAUUGUAGAAAAAUUGUGUACGGCUGUGAUAUAUAGAAAUAUAUUUGUGGAAUAUUUUGGAAUAUUUUCCAUAUGUACAUUCCAAGUACACUGAAAUUGAUACAUGGUAAUUGUAAUACUGGCAGGCUUCUUGAGAGAAGUUUCAGUGACACUCCCCCUCUCAGAAAGAUUAUGUGUAUGAAAAAUCCAAACAGAAAGCACUUCAUUGUUAAUGCCUCCCCUAGAAGUCAUGUUAGUUAUUUUAAAAUUGCAUUGUCUUUGUUUUGUUUAACUCUGUACAAAUUUUUACAAAUGGUGCAAACACUAUGUUGUUAAGUAAAGUUAUCAAUGCAUGGAAUCAUGUAUCUGUUCAACACUGAGGUUCAAUAGGUAUUUAAUAUAUUUGUGGCACUUUUAAGCAAUCUGUUAAUGCACACAUGCUAAAGGUCUGCUCCCCACAUACUCAGUGCUGCUACCUGCCUCUGUGAAGUUAGCAUGCACCAGAAUACUCUAUAUAAAUUUAAUGGUUAUACAUAUGUAGUUUCUGUAAAAUGUGACUGAUUUUUAUACAUGCCUUUCCCUUACUCGCUGUGAGGGAUAAAAUGCUUGUAUUUCACUUAUGUAUCAUACAGUAGACAGGUAAUACCACAGGAAAGCAACUGUUCACUUUGUAGUUUUACUACCUGAGUUCACCAUAUUCAGCUGUAUAUAUGUACAUUCAUAUUGUCUGCAUUUAACUAAGCAUCCAUUAUUGUGUGCUGUAUGUGUUUGUGACAUUUUUCCUGUUAUGGUAAUGGACAUACAAUGUAUUGUCUUGAAUGACAAUGCUUACACAUUUGUUGAAUUUUGUACAGAGAAUUACUGUAAUAUCCAGAACAGCAGCUCCAACAGUACCACAAAUUUCCAUAUGAUCAUGUGUCAUUUUACUACUGCUAUUAUUGUAAUAUUUUAUUAGUAUGUACACAGAUAUUACUACAGUUUACAGUAAGAGUAUGUAAGCAAUUAGCUGCUGUUGGGACUAGUUCUGUUUUAGUGUUAGAUUUUAGGAACUGUUUGCUCUCAUAUGUUAUUUCUACACACACACACACACAAAAUUAUAUUUUUAUUUCAACAGUUGUUUUGAAAAUUAUUUCCCAAUCAGCAACAUUCAAAACCUGGUACCUAAUCAAAUGUAUCAAUACUGCAUUAAAAUCAAGUCAUACAUGUACUGAGUGCAACAUUACAUUAUGUACAAGAAACAUUGUUUUAUGAAAAGUACAACAGCCACAUAUUUGCAUCUUAUGGUUUAAAAACUGUUUUUAAACUUCCUUCUGCUAUUCUUUGGAGAUGUUUUAUGUAAUUCAUGUGCAUUAAUUAUAGUUAUUUCACUUACAUAUGAUUUGUUCAAUGUGAACAAAAUUAAAUAAAUGUUAUCAGUGCACAUAUUUUGUUGCACGUAAACUUUCAGUACAAUUACCCAUCUGAUAUUUUAUGAUGCUGUGUGAAUUAACUGUGUUGUUUGUAUACUAUUCCAAUCUUUUGAGAAAAAGUUAGGCUUUACAAUUUCAUGAAUACUCAUAAACUGUCCUCUCACACUGAUGUGGUGGAUUAAAGCAAUGAUAAACAAGGGUUAUUAGAACACAAGUUUUCAUAUAAAAGAAGUAUUUAAAUAAAAAUUCCACCUUACAGUUGUCCAGUAUGACUGCUACCUGUGGCUCUAUUUCCUAUAAAUUUAUGAAAGGUGUCAUUAGCGGACAGUGGUUGCAUCACAUUCAAAACAUAGUACUUGUUAGUUAAUAUAUGUAAGUAUUAUGUUCAUUUCUUGGCUAGUUGUACAUCAUACAGAAAAAAUUUAAAUUAUUUUUAAUUCAAAAUACAUGUCAUUCAUUAUCAGUAAAUGUUACAGAAUUUCAGUGAACACAGUAGUUGAUGCUUAUGUUAUGUUAUUUUGGAAAAAGAAAACUUCACACUCAAAUGAACACAAACAAUCACACCAAAUUAUUUAUUUGUUAAAUUUGUGCAUACUAGCAGCAAGCCAUCAAAUUUAAUUAAAAAAUUUGAGUGCUGCUUAAAUUUAGGAUGUAAUAACUACAGGAAACCUCUAGAUGAAGAGAAGUGAAGUGUCAAUGAUCACAAACUGAUUGUUGUAAUUACACUCUUAUUAAAACACUACCACUGCUGAAUACUAGAUAAGUGUAAAAGUGAAAGGCACCAACAGUACUUAUAAUACAGUGGUGUACUGUUGCUUGUCUAUGACAAAGAGCACUGGAAAACAGACAGUAAAUUUAACUAUACAAAUGUAUUGCUCUAUAAAAAUAUUUGUUAGUAAGCAAAUUCCCUUCACCUUGCAAUUUUAAAGUAAGACCUCUGGUGAAAGCAAAAAGACGAAGAAGUUGAUGUAAUUUACAUUCGACUGUAACAUGAUACAUGAGCAUUAUACUGAUGUAAAAAUGUCUGUAAAGCAGGUUUUGCAAAUGAAAUAAGGUUGUGUGUAAAGAGUUUUACUUUGGGAAGGGUUCGUACUUAAUAUGUAGCUGAACAUUCAGAAACAGGUCUUGCAUUUUUGAGGUAUUGAUAGUGUAAAACAUUGAGCAGGGAGCAGGGACUUCUCUUUGGAUGUCUAGUCACAAUUUUCUCCAGACAGCUCUGCACAUUUACUGAGGGGGGAGGGUUACAGAAUCAUCACUCUACAGAAUUAGUGAGAUGUAAAUCACUCUUGCUUACAUUAUCUGCAAGAUAAAUUUCUGUGUGAUUCCAUCGUGCAACUUCACUGAAUGUACUGUAAUGCCAUACAUACCUAACUUGUUUCAGCCUCAUAAAUAGAUGAUAAUAUUGUAUGAUUAAUCUGACUGUUGUGUUCCAGCAAACUGAAAUAUACUCAUUCGCAAAAGAAAUCUGGAUGAUACAUCUAAAAUAAAAAUAACCCUGCACAUUGUUCAGCAUAGACAUUAUUCUCAAAAUGUCUCAAGUUUUGUUGCUUUUUCUUCCACCUGUGUCUUUCUGUGUUUUCAAAUACAGUGCUCUUCCACUUUGCAGGAUGAUGUUCUUUGCAGCUUACAGUAUCCUUAAUGUAAAACUCAUACAAAACCCCAACCAAUGUCCACUACUCUAUAUGCCCUCUUAAAAUUAUCAGUGAUACACAGUGCUGGUCAGACUGUUGUCCUUCCUCCAAAAUUGAUAUUGGUAGUGACUAUUCUGUGAAUUUGCAGUAACAAUGCAUUUGUCAUCCUUACAAUAUUAAGCCUUACAAGAUUUGACUGAGGUUAUGUAAGCUAAUCAAUGUAUUAUGUCACAACUUCUGCCAUGUGAAUCUUUUGAGACAAGCUUAAUACAGUUCUAUGGGGGAAAGAAAUGAUGUGUGUGAGAGACCAAUAUGGUGUACAUUCCCAAUGUCAUCCUAGACACAACGAAUAAUUUUAAAAGUAUCUGAUAGAAUGAACAGUGCACAUCUCCAACUGCCUAUACUCUCUUUUAUCAUUGCCUUUAAUUCAAAGUUAAUGUAUUUUGAAGACCUAUGACAGACUAACAACACAGUUAAAUAUGUGAAGAAAACAUUAAACAAGACAAGUAUGUGGCAUCUGUAUAAUUUUACAUAGAAAUGCAAUAAAACACUUUAAGCACAUUGGCUUUCAACAUAAAAGUUGCAAAUUAUAGGCCAUAAUGUAAAGCGAAACAAAACUGUUCUUUAAACUUAUUCUUGUGGUAAAUGCAUCUCUCUUAGGGAAAAAUGUGAAUCUGCUUUCUAGAAUCCAGAGAAAGUAUGAUUCUCUCUCUCUCUCUCUCUCUCUCUCUCUCUCUCUCUCUCUCUCU